AUGGGAUACGACUUUGUCACUCUAAGCCAGUCUAACCAUCAUCAGGUCGAAGGUGUAAACCACGCCAUAUUCUCUGUUGCUGCUGCUCAACAUGAAAUUAAUGGUGAAGCUGUUGAUGGUGUUGCAGAAACUGAUCAAGCUCCAAAGGCUACAGAUGGCGUAGAAGACGAAUAUGUCGAGCAUUCCGACAAUGGCGAAGAGGGACUAACAGAUCUUAGCAAUGGUGGCGCCAAUACAGUCAACGUCCAAGAACUAGUAGCACAGUAUGUGGAUUUGCAAGAACUGCUCGAGUCCAAGUUUUCGAUAUCCCUGUAG